GUAAUGAUCUCUGGAUGACAGCUGUUAAUAAUCAUUUUCAAUCGUCAUUGGUCAAUUGUGGUCUAACUCGAUUAUCCAUUGGUGGAUCAAAAUAAUCUCUAAUCACAUGCUCAUAACAUAGAAUGGUCGCCAUAUUUGACGCUAACAAAAGUGGUAUUAGAGACUGUGUUGGGCGCUAUCGGAGUUCUGUUUAGAAAAGUCUGAAAAUGGAAGAAAACUUUGAUAGUACGGUGCGAUUUAAGUGUUAUGUCCACUAUCCCGUCAUCAACGAAGAUGGCACUGAAAAUCAGAAUAUUAUCCGCGGGAGCGGAAUCGAUCUUCUCCCAAAUAUCCCUUUGUCUUCCAUCGCGGCAGAUGUAUUGAGCGACAUGUUCCAGAAAGGAGAAAUCGAGGGGAAAAUCAUCCUAAAAGCUGACAAUGCUAAAGUAUUUAUUCAAAUCCGAGAUAACUGGAAACCCCAUUCCUUAUUGGAUUUUACAACUGAUGGCGAUCUUGACAUCAGUUUGUUGGAUGCAUUUGGUGAAAUGCUGCAACUUCCACAUUCCCAGAUGAGUAUCCACGUCCACCUUUGCCAUGAGAGAGACUGGAGUGACGACAAAGUUCGAAACACUAUUAAGAAAUUAUUGGAACAUUACAGCCAAACCCAUUUAGAAAGAAUGCAGUGUCCUUUUUCACAGGGUAUGCUUUCACAGAUUUCUCGUGAUCAGUACCCAUGUCGUCUCUCUAACGAUAAAAUAAAACACUUUGGUGCAUGGUACGAGCGCUCUAAUCUUGCAGAUGAGGAUGAUCCAGACUCAUUAACACCUAAAAAACCAGAGAUAUCGACGCAAAGGGGUAAAAAAAUUGUCUUCAACCCAUCACAUGAAAUUCCGAUGCUUCGAUCCUGGUACGAAAACGAUCCUAAACCAAACAUGAGUGACCUUGAAAGAUUCACAGAAAUUCUAAACAACUCAGAGUUUCGAAAAACACGCGAAGCAGUCAGUCUGAGACAUGUAAAUACUUGGUUUAAAAAUGAACGAGCUCGCUGGAGAAGGGAAAGCUUGAUGGAGGAUUUAGCUAGACCAUCUAUGGCUGUAGCCACAGUAACCACGAGCUAAAAUCACAAGACCCCGUAGAUUUAGUUGUAUUUAAUAUAAAAGAUAUCAGAGAUGAACACAUGUAUAUGUUUUGGAAAUGCAAAUAUUUUUAUUUUAAUUAAUUAUUUACUAUUAGGGAAUAGAUUUUUUAGAGCUGGGAACUGAAAUAUAUAUAUCUAUAAUCUAAACAAGGAUAUUAUGUAGGGAUAGUUAUAUAGGUGUAUUUGUUCAUAUUUGUCAGUUGGGCAUCACUCUCCCUCUCCCCUGCUCUGGUCCUGAGUAAUCCAGUACCGCUCGAAAGCUGGAUUUUCAUUGCUCCCUAAGUACAGUACCGCUUUUGUAAGGUUAGGUUUAGCGCUAUUGUUUGGAUGACCAAUCUAUUGUUUCUUAAUCCAAUCAUGUAACUCGUUCCGAGCGGUACAGGCUGGUUCCUGGUCCCACCCUCCCCAUAACAAAAACAAGACAGCAGUUUAUUGAGAGGUAUAGCUUUUUUAUAAUUUUACUUUAUCGAUAGAUACUUUGCCAGAAAAAAACUAUUUUUCUUCCUAAGAUACUUUCCUUCACUUCACGUAGUUGUGGAUUCAUGGGUUGGUCACAGGCUUCCUGUGAGCCCCCUUCUAGCUCCGAAUUAGUUGGUGUAGUAUAAUUAUAUAUAUAUGCUCUGUGUCCCAUGUGAACAAGAAAAAAAGUUUUGAUUGUAACUUCUUAUAUUUUAACCUGCAUGGCCAGCCYGAGCCUCCUAUGCAACCGUUCUUAGUGUCUGUCAUGCAACAGACACUAAGAAUGUCUGCGUAGAAGGCUAGGCCAGCCUCAGCCUUACAUGGACUGGCUACACAGGCUUUGAAAUGUUAAGUCCAGAAUAAACUGUGGGACUGUUACCUAGAAGGGCAUCACAUAGCUUCCUUAUUAGGUCUUACCUUAUCCUUUAUUUAUAUCAUUUUUUAACUUCAAAGGAGUUGACUGGCCACCAAAUUGCCCCCCUGGAUUUGGUUUUGAAGUCAUUACCCCUUAUAGAAUAGAUGAACCAGAUACACAGACAGACAAACUAAUAUAUAUGUUUUUGUGUCAUGAUUAUCAAAGAUUAAAGUGCCUAUCACCAAUCUGA